GUGAAAUUAAAUUAAAAAAAAGUUUCGAAAAAUGCAGGCCAUCAAGGAGAAGAUCAAUGACUUGAAGGAAAUCCGAAAAGCCAAGGCUGAAGCAAAAGAAGAUGAAAGAGCGGAGAGAGAAAUGGCGAGAUCUCGAAUCGAGGUGGCUCAUGAGGUGAGGAUGGCGAGAGAGGCGGAGGCGGCAAUGGAUUAUCACGUGCAGAAAGCAGCAGAGAAGGCGGCUGAGCACGAGAAGAAGUACCCUCCGCCAGGGCACGCCGGGCUUGAGCAGGCCGAUGAUAGCCUCUCUGUUGGAUCUCAGGGCGGGAGUAAUUCCUCUGGACCCGCAUCUGCUGGUUUCAAUUCAUCAUCAGCAGCAGCAUUGUCUGAUAAUUACAGCAGCAGCGCGGCCGCUGAGCCCGGCCACAACAAGGCCACUUACACCGACGCGCCUUCAACCCUCGCCGAGGAGGACGCCGUCUACCCGCAGAACAAUCCGCAAUAGAUUCAUCCGUAUAUGUUAUAAUUGAAUAAACUUGAGCCGAUGCAGUGGCGGACGUAGAAAAUAUAGUUAGGAGGGGAUUCAUUGUAAACUUCGUUCGUCUCAUGGCAAUUGAGUCACGUUUCUUUUUAA